AUGUGCAUAGUAUUCCUGCAAUUCUUGAAGAGCCCUAACCUGCAAAUAUCAAAAUAUUGGCUCAUUCUUGCAGCAAACCGAGAUGAAUUUUUUCAUCGUCCGUCUAAACCUGCAGAUUUCUGGGAAAACCAAGAACACGUGAUUGGAGGACAGGAUCUUACGAAAGGGAGAGAGGGUGGCACAUGGCUUGGAAUGUCAAGGAAUGGCAAAGUUGGUAUGUUAACGAAUUAUCGGAGCAAGGCAGAUCAUUUGCAGAAAAAUGCCAGCGGAGUACUAAAACCAAGAGGACAAAUUGUGGUCAAUUAUCUCACAGAGAAUCGGCACCCACAAUCAUAUGUGCAUGAAUUAAUGGCUUCUGAGAAAGAAUACUCCCCCUACAACAUUUUACUAGGGAACUUUACAAAGAAUUCUGGAUUCAAUUUCUAUUAUGGAUCAAAUGCAGUUAAGAUGACCGAGAAGGAUUUUGAACUGGAGCCAGGUGUUCAUGGAUUAAGUAAUGCAGAACUGAAUUGUUCUUGGACGAAAGUUCAGAAGGGCAAAAAGAAAUUUGAAGAAAUUGUUAGCAAUGAUUUUGAAAAAGAGGAGCUUAUACAAAAACUGCUUGAGUUGAUGGAAAAUGGUGAAAUAAAUUACCCAAAUCAUGGUGGAUCAGACCUGCAUUUGGAUGAAGAAAUAGCAGUGCCACUCAGUGCUAUAUUUGUUUCUGUACCCAAGACUAUGUAUGGCACAAGAACAAUAACAAUCAUUUUGGUUGAUAAUGAGAAUCAAGUUACAUUUCUUGAAAAAACAAUGAUGGAUGCAAUGGACAUCUCCAAUCCUAAAUGGCAAACAAAGAGUUAUGAAUUUACUUUAAGUUAAGUUUAUUCUUAUUAGUGGCUUUUAUCUCAAUGUAAUUUUUUCAUUUGAUAAAGAAUAAAACAAACAAUAACGUUUUGAGGCAGGCUGAAUAAAAGAUUUCAACAGAAAGUAAAUCUGGUUAAUACAAUUGAAUAUUUUAUCCUUUUAAUAUUGAAUAACUAUAUGUUUUUAAAAUGCUAAAAUCAAUUUUUUGAUUC